AAAGUCACUUAAAGUCCUGGAACUAGCACAGUUGGUAAGCCGGAAAGCUUUUCCCACACCACGAGAGGCUGUUUGUCAAUGAUAAUGAUCAAGGGGUGGUGGAGGCUCCGCGGAGGGCGUCGCCCUCACACGUCAAUUCCGCUGUCACCGAGCUAACCCCAAGCUGCGACCCCUGACGUCCCAGGCCCGAUUUUGGGCCUGCGGGGAAGGACGAACGUCCCGCCGAGCUGGAGGCCCCAGAGCGAGGGCACCGGACGGCCUAAAAGAGUGCAAACGCGAGCCCGGGGCCAGAAACAAAACACGAGCUUCGGGGCUCGGCCCCUCCCCCGGAAGUGACGCGAGGCGACGGCGUCGAGGAAGGGACCCGGCACUGCCGGGGGGGUUUGAGAGUGGCGGCGGCCGCGGAGUGACGGGGGAGCCGGGCCGUAGAGCGCGGGUCUGGCGAGUGGCAGCCCAACUAGCCACAUCGCCGCCCCAGCCGCGUGUGCGGGGGCGGAGGGCGGGGCUCGAGACCGCGGCGGCUGGAGAUGCGGGCGGCUGCAGGCACGCGGCUGGCUCGGCUCGGCCGCCGCCGCCUUCUCGGGCCCCGGCGCGGGGGUCGCCGCGGUUGCCGCGCCGUCCUUGAGUUCCUAGCGUGAGGAGCGGUCGGAGGCGAGCACCGCGUUCAAGGCCGAGGAGGAUUCCCGCGCGCACGGCCUGCCCAUUGCUAUGGACAGUGCCAUCACUCUGUGGCAGUUCCUUCUUCAGCUCCUGCAGGAACCUCAGAAUGAGCACAUGAUCUGCUGGACAUCUAACAAUGGGGAGUUCAAGCUUCUGCAGGCUGAGGAGGUGGCUCGUCUCUGGGGAAUUCGCAAGAACAAACCUAAUAUGAAUUAUGAUAAGCUCAGCAGAGCCCUGAGAUACUACUAUGUAAAGAACAUCAUUAAAAAAGUGAAUGGUCAGAAGUUUGUGUACAAGUUUGUCUCUUAUCCAGAGAUUUUGAAAAUGGAUCCACUGACAGUAGGCAGGAUUGAGGGAGACUGUGAAACUCUAACCUCCAUUGAAGCCAGCAGUUCCAGAGAUGCUGAGAGCGGGGGAAAGGAACGGGCACCUCAGCCUACAGCCAAGACAUCUAGUCGGAAUGACUACAUACACUCUGGUUUGUAUUCUUCAUUUACUCUCAACUCUUUGAACACCUCCAAUAAGAAGCUUUUCAAGUCAAUAAAGAUAGAAAAUCCAGCUGAAAAACUGGCAGAGAAAAAACCUCAGGAGCCAACACCAACUGUCAUCAAAUUUGUAACAACACCUGCUAAAAAACCACCCAUCGACCCUGUUGCCAUCACCUUCUCAGCAAGCCCAAGCAUUUCUCCGUCUUCUGAAGAAACUAUCCAAGCUUUGGAGACACUGGUUCCUCCCACACUACCUUCUCUGGAAGCUCCAGCCUCUGCAUCCAUUCUGGCUACCACCUUUAACCCCACUUCUCCUGUUCCCUCCGGACCCCUUCCUCUAAAGGACCCUCCUAGGACGCCUUCUCCGCCAUUGAGUUCUAACCCAGAUAUUGACACAGACAUCGACUCAGUGGCUUCUCAGCCAAUGGAACUUCCAGAGAACUUGUCACUGGAGACUAAAAAUGAGGAUUCAGCUUUGCCAGAAAAGGACAAAACAAAUAACUCAUCAAGAUCCAAGAAGCCCAAAGGGUUAGAACUGACGCCUGCCCUUGUAGUCACAGGCAGUGACCCCAGCCCUCUGGGGAUCUUAAGUCCAUCGCUCCCAACAGCGUCUCUUACACCAGCACUUUUCUCACAGACACCCAUCUUGCUGACUCCGAGCCCCUUGCUCUCCAGCAUCCACUUCUGGAGCACCCUCAGCCCAUUUGCUCCCCUGAGCCCAGCCAGACUGCAAGGUGCUAAUACGCUUUUCCAGUUUCCUUCUGUGCUCAACAGUCAUGGACCAUUCACUCUGUCUAGCCUGGAUGGACCUUCCACUCCUGGCCCAUUUUCUCCAGACCUGCAGAAGACAUAACCUGUGCAGUUGGGAACUAAGAGACCAAGGAACUAAGAAACAGAGAUGUCCAGCAGGAUUGGUUUGAAAUGCUCUUAUAGACUGUCGUAAUUUUCUCAUUGCCUGUUGAAAGCCUUUUCAGGAUUCUCAAAAGUUGGACUGUAUAAAAAUGCCUUAAUUGGAGUUCAAACUCCGCCUCACUUCUUUUUUAAAAAGGUGUUUUGUUGUU